ACGGUUAUUUAUAACGACUUAUUGAGGGAAUAGAAAGGUUGGUUUCAAGGAACAAACACAAGUGUGACGAUGUGGUGCGCGUCGACCCCUCAGCCGACCGUCACCCUCAACGAGCGAGUCGUCUUCCUACUGGGCAAAUGCACCACGCUGAGCCACCUCAAGCAGCUCCAGGCCUUCCUCCUCGCCCUGGGCCAUGGCCAGACCCAGCUCUACGCCUUCAAGCUCGUCCGGUUCUCCGCCCUCGCCCUCGCCGACCUCACCUACGCCCGCCUCAUCUUUGACAGCCUCGCCUCCCCCAACGUCUUCCUCUACACCGCCAUGCUCACCGCCUACGCCUCCCGCCCCGACUCCCACGCCGCCCUCCGCCUCUUCGCCCUCAUGCUCCGCCGAGCCCGACCCGGCCCCAACGAGUUCAUCUAUCCCUGCGUCCUCAAGGCCUGCUCCGACGGCGCUGAUCUCCGGCUGGUUAAGUCCGUUCACUCCCGCGUCGCCAAGACCGGAUUCGAUGGGUAUGGCGUGGUGCAAACCUCGCUUCUCGAUGCUUACUCUCGGUUUUCCGACAUGGCCGCCGCCCGUGCUCUGUUCGAUGGAAUGCCUCAGAGGAAUGUGGUUUCCUGGACAGCUCUGCUGUCUGGAUACACACGGGUCGGGCAGAUCGGGAAGGCCAUUGCCUUGUUCGGGGAAAUGCCCGAGAGGGAUGUUCCAUCGUGGAAUGCAGUUAUCUCCGGGUGCGCCCAGAAUGGUCUCUUCUCGGAGGCAGUCUCUUUCUUCUGUAGGAUGGUCCUGGAGGGUGCACGGCCGAAUCAGACGACUGUGUCAUGCGUGCUCUCUGCUUGCGGACACCUUGGUAUGCUCCGGCUUGGGAGAUCGGUGCAUGGUUAUGUCUACAAGAACCACAUGGAACAUAGUCCCUUUGUUGCGAAUGGACUAAUCGAUAUGUAUGGAAAAUGUGGUGGCGUGAAGAAGGCAAGUUGGAUAUUCUCGGCAUUGACCGACAAAAACCUUAUGUCCUGGAAUUCUAUGAUCAAUUGCUUGGCUCUCCAAGGACACAGUGGUCUGGCCAUCGCAACCUUCAAAAAGAUGGAACUCACUGGCCCUGAACCUGAUGAGGUCACUUUUGUGGGUCUUCUAAAUGCAUGUACUCAUGGAGGGUUGGUGGAUGAAGGGCUUAGUUAUUUCAGAUCCAUGUUUCAGGACUAUAAAAUUGAUCCCGAGAUCGAGCAUUAUGGCUGUAUCAUUGACCUCCUUAGCCGGGCAGGUAGAUUUGAUGAAGCAAUGGAUAUUGUGAGGGACAUGAGAAUCGAGCCUGAUGAAGUCGUGUGGGGUUCUUUGCUCAACGGUUGCAGGAUCCAUGGCAUUAGAGAAUUGGCUGAAUUGUCAGCAAAGAAGCUGCUUGAGAUUGAACCUAAUAGUGCUGACUAUGGAGUCAUGCUAGCAAACUUAUAUAGUGAAUGUGGCAAGUGGGAAGAUGUAGGGAAGGUCAGAAAGAUGUUGAAGGAAUUGGGAGGAAAGAAGUUGCCAGGGUGUAGUUGGAUUGAGGUAGAAAAGAAGGUUCACCAGUUCUAUUCGGGCGAUACAGUCCACCGUGAGGUUGAGCAGAUUUAUGAGCUCUUGGAUGAGUUAGCUGGAUUGAUGGAAGCGUGAUCACCUGUCUCCCCACAGAAUUUGCCAGAUAAUGGUGAAGUAACAAAAACUAGAUGAUGCAUAAAGAAUAUUUUUGCUGGAUUUAUAAAGAUGACUUCUGUAGAGGAGGGGGAAAAUUCGAGAGUGACAGACAUAAGUCUCAUCUGAUAUAGAAUGAUCCUUGAUUAUUAAUAUUGAAUUUGAUUUUUGGUAUUUGGUAUAAAAGCAAGUAAGUUAGGCUAGUUUUGUAUGCAAGGAAAGAGAGGCAAGAGACAAGUGGUUUCCUUCAUCCAUAACGAACAGCACAAGCUGGGUUGCUAAUCCAGGCUAUGCCAAGCAGCAGAGGAAGAGGCCAACAAGACCCAAAUCAGCUUUAGCACUAGCUGCUCCGGUUCUGUUUCCGGACUUCAGCAGGCCUCCCAAGCGAGAUGACCAAGGUUCUUUGCUGGUGUGUUGCAUAAGAAAGGCAAGAUGAAAGGUGGCAGGGACUCAUUUCGCCCGUUACUGAAGGAUGUUGAUCUACCAUAAAAGAGUACAUUUUCAGCCGCGGCAAACACAUUUGUGCUGCCGACAACCUUCAAAUACAUGGUAAAUUCUUUGUACCAAUUUGACAAAAUACAUACAUAGAUGUUUACUGCUAUGGUUGUCAAGGAAAGCUAUCAUUUCUAGCUUGAGAAAUGAAAUAUCUAAUAUACCAUUUUUUU